AUGUCUACUAUAUCAUCUCCGCGACCCUCCAUAACAUCUGCUCGAACUCCAACACCCCCUGGAUCACGGCGGCCAUCAGUUGAAGUCAGCAAUCUUACCGCCAGCAACGCCUCAACCCCAACUCCCCGUGCGGCCUCUCCGUCUCUCACGCACCGGAAAAACCGAGCUGCGUUACGGGAUUAUUAUAAUCUCCGACCUGUCCGCCCAGAUUCAUCUCAACCAAAUCAUUCACCCCGAAGCAUCGCUUCCACGAGUGGAAGUCAUGACGAUGCAUCAACUCAUCCAAUUUCUCCCUCAACACAGGUCGAACUUGACAACCCUAACUUUGAUCCGUCUGCCUAUAUAUCCCGACUACUCUCCACAUCCUCUCUCUCGACUAUUCUCAAGGCAGAAAACUCACUGAUUAGCGACAUUCGAACGCUGGACGGGGAACGAAAAGCUCUUGUAUACGACAAUUACUCGAAACUAAUAAAGGCCGUGGAAACUAUUGGGAAAAUGCGGGCUAGUAUCGAGGAGCGAGGUCAGCCUAUGGUAAUGACGAAAACACUAGCACCUGCUGUGGGAUUUGUGGUAGAGACUGCUGCGACGCUAAUUCGCCAGAAGGAGGAAUCUGUAUCGGAACGGGACGAUCAGAAGGAAGCGAGUAAAGAUGGGCCAAAUCUAGAAAAGGAAACGGUAAAAUGGGUUUUAGACUGCCCGAGAAGACUUAGGUGGCUUUUAGAUGAUGGGAAGGUAGAAGAGGCAGGGAACGAUUGGAAGGAGGUGGAAUGGCUAUUGACGAAAUGGCAGGGAGUGAAGGGAGUUGAUGAAUUGAGAAAGGCAUGUGAGGAAAUCAUGAUGAAAGAGGAAUAG